UGGUAUGCUCAACGUUUUCGGGACCAACCACAUGAGAAAGCCAUGGGCUUACUUCGAACAUUGGUUCACCCGAAACGUCGUCUCGAAACCACUCCGGAAGUUCUGAGAGAACUUAAUGCACUCUCUCUUGUGGAGGCAUCUGAAGCGAUUGAUGAGCUUAGUGGUCCCAAACGUUAUAUUCGGGGAUCCGGAAACUCGUUGACCGUGCCUGCAACUUUGAACACUCUUGAUGACUGUCGGAGUUUCAGUGUAAAAGCACUCAUUGAUAGUGGGUGUACAGGCUCCUCGAUUGAUGCAGGUUUCAUAGCAGCCAAAGGAAUAAACACGCAGAAACUGGCCCGUCCAAUUCCCGUUUAUAAUGCU